CUGGGUCCGCUCCCUCCUUCCUCCCCGGGCAGCGGAGGCGAAGACGGCGGCCUUGUUCCUCCCCGGCUCUCCGAGGCCAAGUUCCCGGACAUCACGCGGUGCAGAAAGCUUCAGAUAAUCCAGAAGGAAAAAAUGACCCUCUAACUGGCAGGAUGAGCGACUGGCACAGGAUAUUUGCACAAAACCUGCUUGUUCCUCCUCACCCACAGAGGAUUCGCCAACCUUCAAAGGAAUCAACAGCCUUCCAGUGUGUUCUGAAGGUGCUACAAGGCCAUUUAUUUAAACAGAGAGUGCUGGAAGUGCUGACAGAAGUUGAAUACCAUCUCCGUCUGUCUUUCUUUGACAUCACCUAUCGCCACUUCUUUGGGCGGACAUGGAAGAGCCCUGCAAGGCCCUUCCAGCUGACGCCAGGACAGGUGCCGGGGGUCCACUUCAAUGAGCCGCUGUAUUUCCGUACAUCCUUAAGUCACCCCAACAUCAUCUUGGUGGUGGAAGUUGUUGCCAAAGGCAAGAAACAAGAUGGCACCUCCCAGGCUUUAUCGUGCGGGUUUGGAAUUCUUCGUCCCUUCAGUGCCAAAUCAGAGACGAUGGACUCCACACCUCAGGACAAACGGUUGUUGCUGUAUUAUGGAACUCCCCGAGCUCUUCUGCACCCACUUCUUCAGGACCCUCUAGAACAAAAUAAGCACAUGACACUUGUGGAAAAUUGCACCAUUCAAUAUACCUUGAAGCCAUACCCUCUUCUGGAGACAAUAUUUCAUCUUCUUCCCGAGAACUUUCUGGUGUCUGGUUUGCAGAGGAUUCCUGCAUUGUUCCCCGGACAUGGAGAAACAAGUGACGCUUUGCGGAAGCCACGCCUCCAUAAGUCUGUCACGUGGUACGUGGACAAAUUGUCCUUCCAUCUGUAUCCCUCCCUCGAGAAGUUUGAGGAGGAACUGCUAGAACUGCUCAAUAAUGACCGCCUGCAGGAGGAUAGCUCCACUUCGGACGGGACUUCGGUAGCAAUCCAGGAGCGGCGCGUCCAUGUCGGGGUGCACAAUGGACUGGGUUUUGUUCAGAAGCCCCAGGUCGCUGUGGUGAUGCCGGAGGCGGAAGUGAACUUGGGGCAUGCCACCAGCCUUGCCAAGAAAAUCAGUUCCUCCACCAAGAUCAGUGGAGAUCAGGCCCUGGUUCUGAGAAGUCGCAUUCGCCUCUCAGAGAUGAUUAAUCACCCAGCGUUUGGAAUUGUCUUUCAACUGGAGUAUGUGUUCUGUGCCCCUUCAGGAGUAGAUGGCAAGGCUUCCUCGGUCACAUCUCUGUCCAGCAUGGCCUUCAUGCACACAGUUCGGUGGGCCGUUUGGACGCCAUUGCUGGAAUCCAGCUCUAAAAACGUGACUUUACCCCUUCAAGGAGGAGCCCGUUCUAACCCCACCCGAUGCCUGGUGUACAAGAUCCCUUCAACCAGCAUGAGUUCAGAAGAGGUGAAGCAAGUGGAAUCGGGCACUAUCCAGUUCCAAUUCUCACUUAGCCCAGAAGAACACUUCGGAGCAUCCACAGAUUCCGCAGGCAACAUCCAAGAACUACGGCGUACGAAGAAGCCGCCCACUCCCUCAUCGAGUUCCCCUUUGCCCCAGAUGCUGCUCUCCACUCAAGGGUCUCCACCAGGGCCGGGGCUGUCAAUAUCCCAGUUGUCAACUUCUACACAGUCUCCUUUCUUGAGUACCUCGGGCAAACCCCCUUUGCCACAGCGAUCCAGCUCCCGGCCCCCAGCAGCCCACCAAGACUAUGAGUGUUCCCAGAUUCAGGAGAUCCCAUGUGGUGGCAGAGUAUCUCAUCUGGAGGCUGAUCUGAGUCAGAAUUCCUCAGUCCUCGAGCCAGCCGGAGCCGACCAGCUCCAGGAACUGCCAUUCACUCCCUUGCAUGCUCCUAUCAUGGCCCAGGAUGCCCAGGCCCGAAGCUGGGGCACAGCUCCCUCGCGGGCCUCGCUGGCUUGCCUGCAUUGCUCUGGCUUUCCAGAAAUCUUGGACUGCAACAAGGAGCCCGCUGAGGUGGUGGAUCCCACAGCUCCAGUGAAAGUCAACACUCAGAGAGAAGAAUCGGAUUUUCUGCAGAGCAAUGAAAUCAUCCUUCAGUUCCUUGCAUUUAGCAGGUUGCCACAGGACCCUGGGACAACACCAUGGCCAAAGAAUGUAUAUUUCACAUUCCAGUUCUAUCGCUUCCCCCCUGUCACCACGCCACGGUUACAACUGGUGAAGCUGGACCACAGUGGGGAGACCAACUCUAGUUCUCUGUCACACCUCUUAGUUCCCAUGAACAAAGACGGCUCCUUGAAUAGUGGAUCACCUGGAUUCCAGCUGAAAUAUAUGCUGGAUUCUGGAUUUCUAAAACCAGGAGAGCACCAUUGGUUUAUUCAUUAUAUUGCUAUCCAAACCUUACAAAUUGAUGUCUGGGAUGGAGAUUCUCUGCUUCUCAUUGGAUCUGCUGCAGUUCAGAUGAAGCACCUUCUCCGCCAGGGCCGGGCAGCGGUUCAAGUCUCUCACGAGCUGGCUGUCGUGGCAAUGGAAUAUGAGCAGGACGUGAUGGUGAUGAGUGGAGAUGUGACCCGUCCUGGAGCUGCCAAGCCCAUUGGGGUUCACACUCUUGUGAAAGGUCAUCUGCAUCUGACCAUGGCGAAUGUGGGUCACCCGGGUGAGCAGAAAUCAAGACAGUCUAUUACACUGCCACCUUCCCGCUCUCGUGUAGUAUCCUCAAGCGAUGGAGCCAGUGAUUUCCAAGGAGGCAGCCUUCUCUCCCACAGUGGCCACAGAACGUGCAGAAACGUGGCUCGGGCCCAGAAGCUAGCUGACGUGGACAGUGAGCUGGCGGCCAUGCUUUUCAGCCAUAUGCAGGAGGGGAACAAGGCUUACCAACACACCAGUCGAGAAGCGGAGGCCGUCCGCCAGCGGAAGCUGGGAAGAAUGAUGUCAGUGCGCCAGCAGGAGGCCAAGGGAAACAUUGACCCCGGCAAAGCAAGUCUGGUUCGUCAGAACACACGGGCUCGGCAGUCUCGGGACCUCCAGAUCAUCGACGCCUAUCGGGAGCGCUCCAAGGCGGAGCGCAUAUCCUUCAUGCUGAGCCAGGCCAUCACCACGCACCAUACCAUCUAUCCUUCUCUGGGCACCGCCGAGUUCUUUGAGUUUGCCCUCAAAAAUCCUCAUGGGGUCCAGCACACGGUGACAAUAGAAAUAGACAACCCAGAGCUGAGUAUCAUUGUAGACACUAGAGAGUGGAAGCACUUCAAAGACAUAGUGAAAAUGCACACUCCAGUGGAAGAAGACAUGUUCCAUAUCAAUGAAAAUCUCACUCAACUGUUCCUUCGGCCAAAGGAGACCAUCCACAUCCCUUUUAAAUAUCAGACCUUCUCUGUAGAUCAUACGGCCACCUUGCGGGAUGCCGGGGAGCUGAGAUGGGAGAAGGACACAGACGAGGGGCCACCUGGACUGUCUAGUCCCAUGUCCACGAAAUGCAUUAAGGUUUCUUUUAAGACGAGCCACGGCAAGCCGCUUGCCAUCCUCAGCGUAAACAUAGAACAUCAGCCUCAUCUGGUCCAUCAGAUCUUCCGAUUUUAUCACCCAGAGCUCACUUUCCUGAAGAAGUCCAUUCGACUCCCUCCCUGGCACAUUCUCCCGGGGGCUCCAGUGGGAAUGCCCGGUGGGGAACCUCAAAUCUACGUGCGCUGCAGCGACCCCAACAUCAUUUGUGAGACCCAGAAGAUGGGCCCAGGAGAGCCCCAAGAUGUGUUUCUGAAAGUAGCCGGAGGUCCAAGCCCACAGAUCAAAACGUUCUUCGUUGCUAUUUACACGGAUUCCUGGCUCUCUGCCCCUAUCCAGGUGUGGCAGAUUCAUCUCCACUCUCUGCAGCGGGUGGACGUCAGCUGCGUGACUGGCCAGUUGACCCGCCUCUCCCUGGUCCUCCGGGGCACUCGAGCAGUGCGUCAAGUGAGAGCAUUCACAUCUCACCCCCAGGAACUGAAGCUGGAACCAGAUGGCGUUUUCUCACUCCCACACGGUGGCAUUCACGACCUGCAUGUUGGGCUGAGACCUCAGAGGGCUGGUAGCAGGUUCAUCUACCUCAACCUGGUGGACGUUGACUACCACCAGUUGGUAGCCUCAUGGCUUGUGUGCCUGUCCUGCCGCCAGCCUCUCAUUUCGAAGGCCUUUGAGAUCGUGCUGCCUGCAGGAGGAGGGAAAGGGUCCAACAAGCUGAUCACAUACACCAACCCCUACCCUUCCAGGAGACAGUAUUUCCUGCACACUAACCACCCCGACUUGCUGCAGUUCAAAGAGGAUUCCUUUGAGAUUGGAGGAGGAGAGACAUACACUAUUGGCUUACGGUUUGCACCUGGUAAGAGCCCUGGAGAAGAAGAAAUUUUGAUUUACAUCAAUGACCGUGAAGACAAGAAUGAAGAAACAUUUUGUGUGAAAGUGAUCUACCAAUAAAGGAAGGACUUCAGUUGGGUUGGCAAAAUGUGGCUGUUCCUCAUCCAUCAGUCCUUCACUCAUCUUGACUCUACUAAGGGCCUUAAUUCCAAUGUGACCUCUCUCCGAGUUGAGCAUUAUCAUUGGCUUUGUGUUUGGUUGUUCUGUUGAUUUCUCUGCUUUGACAUUCUCCUCAGCUCUUCUCCUUCAGAGAUAGAGAUCCCAUUCAGAUUACCUGAGAAGUUGGGAGUCAGGUGAUAGUUCCUCCCUUAUUUCUGAUUUGCCUGUAUCCACUCAAGCCAGGCCAGAAUUGACCUGAUUUUUGCCAGACCAGAUUCUAUGGAGCAUCCACAGAAACUCCAAUGAUGAAAUUUAGUUGUGUUCCCUGACUUCCUUGAGAUUGCAUUUGAAAUUCUGUUUAUUUGGUUUGUCAUGUACAGAUUGUUAGCUUUUUAUAAAAGUCCUUGAGGGCAGUUAUUUUUUACAGCUUUGAAAGAAUGGUAUUUUAUGAAAUGACACUAAAGUUUUCUUAUUAGAUUUUCCCUAAAUAUAUAGCUCAUCUUAUAUGAUUUAA